AUGAAAUCGUCUUCCACUUUAUCGUUGAAUUCAAAUACAAGUAGUAAUACCACGGUUGAUACAGAUUCGUUUGAACAAAAGCAACAACAAAUAUUGAAGCAAGAUCCCGAUACAAUUUAUGAAUGUAUUCGUUUGAUAUAUACUAGAAAUAGUUCUGGAUUUUUAAGUUAUCGGUGUUAUAAUAGCUUUGAAGUUGAAAAUAUAUUCAAUGUGAUUCCAAAGAAUGAAAUUAAUCGGAUAUAUUUCCAAAAUGGUUUGACUCAAUUGAAAAUUGAUGAUGAGUGCUACUUUUGGGAAAAGCAAGUAGAACCAGAAAUUUGGCAAGGAUUAAUUACUAUUCAGUUCAAUGUUACUGAUUUUGAUUAUUGGUUUAUUAACUUGUUGGCUACUCUGGCUAGAGUAUAUUUUCAAAAAGGCAAAUCUAUCAAUGAUUAUGAUGUGUAUACAAAAAUGGUUGCAAACACUUUUGCUAACGAAUUAAAACACACUGUUGAAAAUGAUCAAUGGGAAUCUGUGGGGGAAGCAUUUUUCAGUGAAAGCAUUAAUUUUUUCACUUCACGCUGGCAACCACUAGAAGCUGUUUUACCUGCCUUUCCAUGUAAAUCAUCUAACAUUGAAAAAGUUGCUGGAGAUAUGCCAGAUAAGGGAGAGGAAUUGGCACUCUCUCGAUUGAUUCAAUUUGCUAAUUCUAUUGCAAAAAUAUAUCCCCCAGGUAUUAUUAUUUGGAUUGUUAGUGACGGUCAUGUGUUUAGUGAUUGUAUUGGUGUUGAUGAUUUUAAGGUUAAUCGAUAUUUCCAAGGAUUGCAAAGCUUGUACCAGGGUUUAAAACCAAAAGAUUCUAACCCAAUACGUUUUUGUUCUUUACCAGAAAUUUUCAAGCUUGGAAGCUCUGGGUUUAAUGUUAGUUGGGUUGACAAUGUUACUUUGGGACACCAUCUUCACACUGAAAUUGAUGAACAAUCGGAAUUUUGUAGAAAGAUUUUGGUUUCCUCCUGUGAUACUGAUUGUGGGAAAUUGAGACAGGAUAUAACAACAACGGGACAUCCUAGAUUAUCAUUAUUUAGAGGAUUUUCCAAAUUUAUGACUGAAGAUUUGGCCCUUCAUCCCACAACAUCUCAUAUGACAAGGAAAAAAUUUAAGAAAAUUGUUGCUAAAAUUGCUUUUGAAAUGAUUAAACGAAAUGAUGCUUAUUCGAAUUUGGUUGAAUUGAUGUUCCCAUUCCAUUUAAGAUUUUCAAUCCAUGCCCAUUGUAAUUCAGGUCCCAAAUUUGGUAUUUCUUUGUUAUCUAAAAUUGGUGAGAAUCAAUGUCGCCCCAUCAAUACUAUCCAGGACCAUAAAGAGCCCAGAAAUACAGAUUUGUUACAUAUACCAACCCCGUGGCAUAAUUCAGUUGUUAAAAUUGAUAAUUGUGAUAUUUAUUUUAUUAUCAAAUCAAAUAAAGUUGAGGAAGAAAUACGUAAGGGUAAUGGUAGUGGUGGGUGGGAUGCCAAUAACCUUCAUUAUAUUUUCUUUAGUAAUGAAUAG